UGAAACCUCAGCUACAAAUACAAUAAUCACCAUGCGAACUUCACCAAACAUUAUCGUCACGGGGACGCCCGGCGUUGGAAAGACGACUCAUUGCGAGAGUCUGGCGGAAAGAACUGGUCUUCGUCACCUUUCUGUCAACCAAGUGGUCAAGGACAAGGAGUGCCAUGAGGGAUGGAGUGAUGAGUAUCACAGCUGGAUCGUUGACGAGGAUAAGCUGUUGGAUGCUAUCGAGGAUGAUGUCAAGGCUGGUGGUUGCAUCAUCGACUGGCACGCUUGCGAUCUUUUCCCCAAGAGCUGGAUCGAUCUGGUCGUGGUACUCCGAGUCGACUCUUCGACGCUUUAUGAUCGUCUCAAGGCGAGAAACUACCCCGAGUCUAAGCUCCAGGAAAACCUCGACUCUGAGAUUAUGGAGGUGCUGCUACAGGAGGCGCACGAGGCCUUUGAUGAGGAGAUUGUCAUUGAGUUGACGAGCAACACUUCUGAUGAGAUGGAGACCAAUGUUGAUCGCAUCGAGGCUUGGACGAAGCAGUGGAAGAAGGACAACAGCGAGCAAUGACAUCGGACUACAGAGGAAGCUACUUGUGACAAUUUAAUGGGCAGCUUGGGAGGUUAAAGAUGAUUUUGCACUGGAUGGACUUGAAGGGGACUCGGUUGGUGAAAAUAGAUUUUUAGAUGCAAGCCCUGGAACAGGCGAUGAAUCUCUCUAA